AUGCCACACUACAGCGACUCGCGGGCGAUUAACUUUGAUCACUACGCGGGUCACAUUCGCUUGCCGAGCAAUGGCCAAAAGAUGUUUUACUGGCUCGUCGAGUCGGAAUCGAACCCGUUGACCGACCCGUUGGUGUUGUGGCUCAAUGGUGGACCAGGUUGCUCGUCGCUCGGUGGGUUCUUCAACGAGUUGGGCCCGUUUGUCGUCGAAAGCGAUCUGAGUGUGAAGCGCAACCCGUACGCGUGGAACCGCAAGGCGAACGUGGUGUUUCUCGACUCGCCGGCCGGCGUCGGCUUCAGCCAACCGUUGCUGGAUGCCUCGAAGUACAACGACGAGUUCACGGCCAGUCGUAUUCACGAAUUCCUGGAGGAGUUCUUGGCCAUGUACCCAACAUAUUCCGACCGACCGCUCUACAUCACGGGCGAGAGCUACGCUGGCAUGUACAUCCCGUAUUUGGUGCAAAAAUUAGUGGAGUUGCCGAUCCCGCAUCUGAAAUUGACCGGGUACGCGAUCGGCAAUCCGUUUACAGACACCAUCAUCGACGCGUCGGCGUACUUGGACUACUUCUACACACAUGCGCUGAUGUCGCUCAAGGCGUACGAGCUCGGUCGACGGGUGUGUGGAGCGACGGGCGUGUCUGGGUGUUUUUAUGGCGGCAACGAGUGCCCAACCGAGUGCUUGGCGGUGUUGGUGGAAGCUGGCUUUGGCCAAGAGAGCAUGCUCGACCCGUCCGACAUUUUCGGCGACGUGUGCCUUGCGACUCAAUCGGCCACCCUGACUACGUUCAUGGCGCAACAAGCCACACGAUAUCGGCGCACGAGCGCCACGAAAAACAUUCGGCCACUCACCCAUCGCGGUGUCGUCGGCCCUUGUCAAAUGCAAUACACGACGAAAUACUUGCAGCUAUACGCGGUCCAACACGCACUGCACGUGUACGACGUGCACGUGAACUGGGCGCCGUGCAACGACCACGUCGCGGCUCGGUACACGCGGAGUCGGUCGUCGUUGCCAAUGUACAAGUCGAUCCUUCAAUCGGGGCUGAAGGCGCUCAUAUACAGCGGCGACGCCGAUGCGACGGUGCCUUUUCUUGGGACCGAGCGCUGGCUCUCGUCGGCUGGUGGCGACCUGGUCACGGCAGCGGCAUCGUCACAUGGCUCAAAUCAAAGCCGCGGCCUCCAACUGCCCAUCUUGGCCCCGUGGCAAGCCUGGUUUGGACCAGACAAGCAACUCGCGGGGUACUCGACGCGGUACACCAAUGUCACGUUUACAACUGUCAAAGGGGCGGGGCACAUGGUCCCAGCCACACGACCGCUCCACGCCCUGUUCAUGAUUGAGUGUUUCCUCCAUGGCGACCACCAAUGCGCCUCGUUCACGUACCCGAAGGACGCUUUGGAAUACUUGAGCGGAGCCGAUCCGAGCGUUGCAGUCGGGUCGGACGCUGAUCGAAGCGGAGCUCUCAUUCCAUGGGCAAUCACGGCCGUCGUCGUCGUGCUCGGGUCUGUGAUUGGCCUUGUGUUUUGGGCCAAGAAGGAGCCUCCGCAGUACGUUGAGCUUAGCGUCGAGAAAUCCACCGUGAGUUCGCGGUCGCUGUCGACCACCGGUCUGUAUCGAUAGAAAUGUCAAUGACGUCCAAUGUGGUUUGUCGGGGGUUUCCGACGCAAUGUGGCGAAUGUGU